AUGUCAACACUGCCCCUGAAGGGCAUGUCCAGGCUAUGGGGCAAGUUCAACGAGAUCAACAUCCCCUACUACCUGCGCGUACCGGGCUUCAAGCUCUAUGCCUGGAUAUUCGGCGUGAACCUCGACGAAGUCUCCGAGCCCGAUCUGCGCGUCUACCCCAACCUCGCCGCCUUCUUCUACCGCACGCUGAAGCCCGGCGUUCGGCCGCUGGACCCCAACCCGAAUGCGCUGCUGUCGCCCGCCGACGGACGGGUGCUGCAGUACGGCAAGAUCGACGGCAACGAUAUCGAGCAGGUCAAGGGCAUGACGUACACGGUCGAUGCGCUGCUGGGCAAGAACACGCCGACGCCCAGCGUCUCGGACCAGAGCGUGGAAUCUGCCAGUGACGCAGACCGCCCGCACGGCGCAAAGGACGAGCUGCACGGCGACGAAGAGCUAGUGAAAGCCGACGAGCAGUUCGCCGAGGUGAACGGCAUCUCGUACACGCUGCCCAACCUCCUGUCCGGCGGGCCGGACGAGAGCCACGACGGCAAGACCAAGAUCGAGGACCAGUCCGCGACCCCCUCCAGCCCGGGCGCCGUCUCCGAGGUGCGCGCCGACCUGGCGCUGGGCGAGAAGCCGUGGUACGCACAGCUGGCGCCCGACAACCGCACGGCACUCUACUAUGCCGUGGUCUACCUAGCGCCGGGCGACUACCACCGGUUCCACAGUCCCGCGAACUGGGUCGUCGAGCGACGGCGCCACUUCGCCGGCGAGCUCUACUCCGUAUCCCCCUACCUCCAGCGCACGCUCCCGGGGCUCUUCACCCUCAACGAGCGCGUCGUGCUGCUCGGGCGCUGGCGCUGGGGCUUCUUCUCCUACGUGCCCGUCGGCGCCACCAACGUCGGCUCCAUCCAGGUCAAGUUCGACCGCGAGCUGCGCACCAACUCGCUCCUGACCGACACGGCCGCGGACCGCGCCGCCGAGGAGGCGUCGGCGCGCGGCGAGCCCUUCAGCGGCUUCGCCGAGGCCACCUACGCCGGCGCCAGCGCCGUUUUGGGGGGGCACGCCCUGCGCCGCGGCGACGAGAUGGGCGGCUUCAAGCUCGGCAGCACCAUCGUGCUCGUCUUCGAGGCCCCGCUCGCCGACGGCCAACCCGGCGACGCGGAGCGCGGCUUCCACUGGGCCGUCGAGAAGGGGCAGACGGUCAAGAUGGGGCAGGCGCUGGGGUAUGUGGAGGAAUAG